AAACAACAUCCCCACCACCACCAUGUCCCUGCCCUCGUCGUCGUUGUCGCGGCCGUCGGCGUCGGCGUCGGCAUCACAGCCCGCCGCAUCGGGAUCAGGCAAGCCCGAGCGCCUGUUCGUCGGCAACCUCGCGCCCGCGGUCGACGAGUACACGCUCGUGCAGGUCUUCUCCAAGUUUGGAAAGAUCACAAAGCUCGAUCUCAUGAUCCACAAGUCGGGCCCGCUCAAGGGCAAGCCGCGGGGGUAUGCGUUCAUCGAGUUUGCCUCGCAGGAUGCGGCCCUCAAAGCCCUCGUCAAGCUGCAUGACCGGCUCCUCCGCGGACGCAAGCUCGUGGUCACGUACGCCAACGCCGCGCCGCCAGAGGACUUGGCGUACCCCAAGAGCCGGAGAGUCGGCGAGGCGGCGAAGCCAACGACGUUGUCGCUGCUCAAGUCGCGGCAACGGCCUCAGAGUGCCGCGGCCCAGAUCGCAGCCAUGGAGGCCAAGCUCGCGACCAUGGCCCAGCGCCCGGGACGCUCACCGACGCCAGAGCGCGCCGAGGCCGAAGCCCUCGAAGCUGAGAUCCAGCGCGAGCUCGCCCUCGGCGCUGAGGCUGCGGCGUCUGCGAGCGCGGGGGCGAGUGCGGAGACUAGUGCGGAGCCGAGCCCUCUGCCAGACGAUGCACGACUUCCGGCCGAUAACCCGGACAAGCCGGACACGGACGGCGCUGCACCACCCAAAUCUACAUCUACUUCCCCUCCCCCACGCUCGGCACCCGACACGAGCAGCAGCCGUGCAGGUGGCGCACGGACCGAGCCGUUCCAAAGUGCGGCAUUCCAGCGCGGGCUCGCGUCGCUUCCCAAGAAGCCGACCUUCUCAUAG